AUGGAUUAUCCGCCUUCAAUGCAUCAUCAGAUUCCUCAUCCUGGUAAACCACAAAUGCAUCAUCCUCAUCAUCCUCUUCUCUCAAAUCAAUUACAACCAAUUAGUUCCGAUAGUCAUACAUCAAUGUGGCUCGAUGAUCCAUAUUCAAUGUCAACAGCAUGUCCAUCACAACGUGAUUCAGGAUUUAAUUCUCGACCGGCUUCAUUACGUAGUAAUGAAUCCACAGGUAAUACACCUAAUCAUCAUGGAUCAUCAUCAGGUUAUGAACAAAUACCUCCUCAUUUAUCAAAUGAUUUUGAAAAUACGCAUCCACAAUAUACAGAAAUGCAAUCAACACAACCUCCGACAAAACCAGAUCCUACUCAAGUCAUACCUGAAUUACUCACAUUAUUAAUGGAAGAUGAUCCAGUUAUUAUACGUGAAGCUGUUUUACUUACACAUAUAUUAAUUAAAGAAGGUGGUGAAAGUCGAUCAGAAGUUAUUCGAAAUCGAGAGUUAAUUAAUGCAUUGUUAGAAACUUUCUCAAAAGAUGCGGGUGAUGGAAAAAUAACUUAUGUAUUAGCUAAUUUAUUUCAUUCACUUUCUCAACAACAAGAAGGUUUACGUAUCAUAUAUGAUUGUGGUGGUAUUGCAAGAUUAAUUCAAAUCCUCGAUUCUGCUGAUAAUACAGUUAAUUUUGCAAUAACAGCAUUACAUAAUUUUUUAAUUGUUCUUCAAGAUCAAGCAUCGGAUGAAAUUCAACGAUGUGAUGGUAUAAAAAAAUUUAUUAAUUUAUUAGACAGUUCAAAUGAUAAAUUAUUAACAUUAGUAACUGAUAGUUUACUUAAAAUGUCAAGUUAUAAUAUAAAAUCGAAAUUAUUUAUACAAAACAAUGAACAAUGUAUUCAGCGUCUUUUAUCUAUAUUUGAUACAAAUAAAUAUGAUAAAUUAUUAUUAAUAAUAUCAAAAUUACUUCCAAUAAUAUCAUCAGGAAAUGAAUUAAAUAAACGUAUUAUUUUACAAUUAAAUGGAUUAAAUAUAUUAGAAAAACAUUUACGAACAACAAAAAGUAUUCGAAUUAGACAUAAUUGUCUAAUUACAUUAAGAAAUAUAUCGAAUCAAGCAACACGAAUGCGUGAUAUUGAUUCAUUAAUUCAACAACUAACAGGAAUAUUAUUAACUGAUGAUCGUCAAUCAGUUAUCUGUUCGUUUGGUAUACUUAGUAAUUUAACAGCAGAUAAUCGAACGAAUAAGAGUUUAUUUGUUAAAUUAAAUGGUGUACAAACAGUCAUGCAAAAUUUAAUGGUGAACACAGAUGGAAAUGAUGAUCUUAUUGAAGUAGCUUUGUGUACACUUCGACAUAUAACAGCUCGUCAUGAUUUAGAAAAUGAAGCACGUGAAACAAUAAGAAAAUCUUAUGGAAUUGGAAAUAUUGUUAAAUUUUUACGAGAUAAAAAUUUUAAAGAACAUUGGGGAAUAAUAAAAGCAACUGUUGGUUUAAUAAAAAAUUUAAGUUUAUCACAAACAAUAAUUCCAUAUCUAUGUGAACAGAAUGCUGUUCGAAAAUUAAUUGAAUUAUUAAUUAAUCUUGAUCAUGAACGAAUGAAAUUAUCUGAAGAAAAUAAUCGAUAUGAUGUAUUAAUGGAAAUUAUUAUUGGAACAUUAAAUAAUUUAGCAAAAAAUUCAUCAUGUAGAUCGAUUAUUAAAGAAAUGAAUUGUACAUCAAUUUUAAUUCGUUUAUCACAUUUACCGUCAUGUUCUCUUGAACAAUCAGCAAAUAGUUUAAUGAAUGAAUUAAAUGUCGAUUAA